AUGGACACGCCUCUGCUAUCAGCAGAACAUUUCGGGGGUGGCUCUGGUGGCAGCCAGCUGGGUGCCCUCGUGUCCCGACGGCAUCCCGAGCUCCUCCGCUGCGACUGUGUGGAGGUGACCUGGCGUGGGAGGACGAGGAGGAGAGACCUCCUGCUUUUCCAAGGCGCCCUUGCUUUUGCCAAGCGCAGAUGUGGCACCAGGUUCUGGCUGCAGCACAGGGUGCGUCUCAGCGAGCUGUGGGUGCUGUGCCAGGAGGAGGCGGCGUGCGCGUGUGCACAAGAGGACGCAGCGUUGGGCCUGGACUGCAGCUGUACCCUCAUCCUCGUCUGGCCCACCAGCCUCUGCGGGGUCACUUUCGGCUCGCAAGAGGUGAAAGGACUCUGGCUGGACGCCAUCCUCAGAUCUCCGGUGACGAUGACUGCCCAGAUCAUCGAGACGCUGGUUCAGUGCCAGGCAAAAGAACCUCGCGAACGCCAGCAGACAGAACUGCUGCAGGCACGGGAGGAGACCUGUGAGAAGUCGGCAGCUUGGGCGUUUGCUCAGCAGGUCUUUGCUGAGCCUGACCUGGUCCUGAACAACCUUUGUGAGAGCAACCGUUCUAAUGACCCCAUUGAGAGAGGGAGUGAAGCCAAUUUCAUCUCUCCAAGCAGCACAGGCACUAUUUCAGCGCAUGAAGUCCCCAUGUCUGCUGCUGGAAGCAAAAGAUCUUUCUCUCUCAAGCGAUCAGGGAGAUACAUUUCUUGUGGUGACAACCACGGCAUUGAGCCACAGAACCAAGAGCAGUACUUGAGUCAUAUGCAGCAGAAAGAAGUUACAGUACAGCAUUUGAAAACAAAGCUGAAGGAGUCUGAGAGCAAACUUCAGGAAAGAGAAACAGAAAUAGAAGAGCUCAAGGCUCAGCUGGCACGGAUGAAGGAAGACUGGGUUGAGGAAGAGUGUAAGCAUGUGGAGCUGGAGCUGCACUUCUGGGAAGCGAGAAGGGAAAGUCAGGAACUCCAGCAGGCUGUUGAAAGCAUGAGAAACAGCUUGGCUGAGAAAGAGAAAAAAUUUCAGAAAUACUUCAUAGGCAUAAGCAUUGCAAACAAGAAACUGGAAGCUUUGGUGCAGGGCCUGGGGAUGGCUCAGAAGAGCUCUGUGAGAGAUGAGCUGCCGGGCUGGUGCCUGGAGUCCACGUGGGACUCAGAGGGGAAGCCGUUAGCGUUGUGUGCCACGAUGCCAGGCAGCCUCACCACGGAGGACCAAGCUCUGGAGGAGGUGGCAGGCAGUGGGCUGCUUCUUAAUGAGGACACCGCUAACGGGACUGACUCAUUUGAAGAGCAUUUGACCGCCACAACUUCUGGGUCGAGCGAUCCAGCUCCCUCCAGUUCUGCUGUGUAUCAAGAGAUGCUUGAAAAUGUUCUGGAUGAAAAAACAACUUCUUCUCAGGAGGAGGAGAAAAUCAGCAAGGUGAUGGUGGAACAGGCCAUCCCAACUGACCUGGUGCCAUGGAGCCUAGAUGUGGAGUAGCUCAUUCAGAACAUCUUCAGAGCUCGAGAUGCCUGCCCUCUAAUCCCACCUGCUUCACUGAAGGAAUUGGGUGAAAUUUCUCUUGGAAGCGUCCAUGAUUCUGCUACCCUAGUGUACUUAACUCCAAGUGAUCCAAACUCUGCCGUCCUCUUGUCUCCUAUGGAGUCUCCAUGCAGGAAGGUGGAGCAUAAAGUUAAUAAAAACCGUUAUGUGAAAGAACUUGAUUUUGCAGAACCUCAUCAUGCUGAAGCUUUUGGCUAUGUCAAUACCCUCUCUCAGACAGCUUGA